UUCCAGAGACUCAUUUCGCCACCCUUAUAAAACUCCCAUUGCUCUUCCCUGUUUUCAUAACUCGCCAUUCAAUUCUUCAACUAGUAAGUAAUCAAUUACAGGAAAUUAGGUUCUUGCACGAUGCCGAGUCGAUCAACGGGAGUCAUAACGCAAGACUGGGACCCCAUCGUUUUGCACAAGGCCAAGCCCAAGGCGCAGGACCUGCGCAACCCCAAGGCCGUGAACCAGGCGCUCCGAUCCGGCGCGGAGGUGCUUACUGUGAAGAAGUUCGACGCCGGUUCGAACCGGAAGGCUGGCGGUCCGGCUGUGAACCCGAGGAAGCUGGAGGAGGGGACGGAGCCAGCAGCGCUGGAGCGCGUAGCGGGGGAGGUCCGGCACGCGAUCCAGAAGGCGCGUUUGGAGAAGAAGAUGAGCCAGGCGGAGCUGGCGAAGCAGAUCAACGAGCGGACGCAGGUGGUGCAGGAGUACGAAAAUGGCAAGGCAGUGCCUAACCAGGCCGUGCUGGCCAAGAUGGAGAGGGUUCUCGGUGUCAAGCUCAGGGGCAAAAUCGGAAAGUGAGAUUUUAACUCUCGGUGUUAUCCAUCGUCAUCAUCUAUAUUCAGAAUUUGUUUGAGUUCAAGAUUUUUGGGAGUGAAAGAAUUACUAGAGGAAUACUAUCACUGUAAUGAAACAUUUGUGUAAAAUUACAUUUGUGUAAAACGAAUAGAUAUACAAUUGUUAUAAGGAUCCGAUAUAUUAAUUACCCUUGCUAGCUUUUUAACAACAAUACCUAGAAAACAAAUUAUUGGAUCCUUUGUAAAAUGAUGACGUGGAAAAGUCUUUACGGUUCAAAAUUUGUUGAGUUCAAAAUUAUCUCUAAUUGUUCUU